AUGGGAAGUGAUGAGUCUGAGGCGUACCCAAAAAAGCACUCACAACAGGCUCAAACUAAGUUCAAGCUCAAGAUGCUUGUGCUUGUAAUACUCACCAAUCUUCUCACUAUCUAUAUCUUCACGAACCUUUCUGGCUACACCAAUCACAUUCCUUUCCCUAUUUGGGAUUCUGCGGAUCUUCUUCAUGAGCUCAACUCUACUAGAGACCAACUUGCUGCUACACAUUUGUUGAUUGCCGAGUUGCAACAGAAGCUCAACUCCUCCAACUUGCUUGUGCAAGCCCUUCUCAUAGAACUUCGUAGCCAGCAUGAGGCACUUGCUGAUCAGAAAGUGAGCCAGCCCAUGAUGAGGUUCAUUGAUAAAUUUGGGAUUGCUGUGUCUGAUGAGCUUACGCUAGCAGUAGGUCCUCACAAGCUCCCAUUAGGGUACUCACCAAGGGUAGGGUCUGAUGAGGUCUAUCCGCCAGUGGGUGCAGCCUGCUUGAAGUAUCAAGAGGAAUUGUCUCAGUAUAUGACAUAUGAAGUUGGUGGGGAAUGUCCAAUGGAUGAUGUGUUUGCUCAAACGUUGAUGAUGAGAGGUUGUGAGCCUCUCCCUCGCAGGAGAUGUCGUCCUAAGCCUCCGGCAAACUACAAGGAGCCAAUCCCAUUACCACAGUCUCUCUGGGCAACCCCGUCAGACACCAGCAUUGUCUGGGAUCCUUAUACAUGCAAAAGCUACAAGUGCCUCAUCGAACGAAAAAAUGUACCAGGCUACUUCGACUGCAAAGAUUGCUUCGACUUGCAGGGGAGGGAGAAGACAAGGUGGAUGUUCGAUAAUGGAGGACUCGAUUAUGAGAUUGAUCAAGUUCUCAAAGCAAAACCUCAUGGAACUAUCCGUAUUGGACUUGACAUAGGCGGUGGGACUGGAACAUUUGCAGCUAGAAUGAAUGAACGAAAUGUUACCAUUAUCACAAGCUCAAUGAAUCUGGAUGGUCCAUUCAACAGCUUCAUUGCAUCGAGAGGAUUGAUCCCGAUCCAUGUUGGUGUUUCUCAAAGGCUUCCAUUCUUUGAGAACACAUUGGAUAUAGUUCACUCCAUGCAUAUUCUAAGCAACUGGAUUCCAGAUGCCAUGCUUGAGUUCACAUUGUAUGAUAUAUACAGGGUGUUGAGGCCAGGAGGACUCUUCUGGCUUGAUCAUUUCUUCUGCCUGGGAUCACAGCUUAAUCAGACUUACAUUCCAAUGUUGGACCGUGUUGGAUUCAAGAAGCUAAGGUGGAAUGCUGGCAUGAAGCUCGAUCGAGGAAUCCACAAAAAUGAGUGGUAUUUCUCGGCCCUGCUAGAGAAACCAAUGACCUGAUCAGGUGCAAAUAGAUCAUAUAUUGUGUUCUAAACAUGUAGUAGUUUGUAUAACAACUAUGUUCAGAACAGAAGGCGUUUAAAUAUCUUAACAGCAAGUUACAAAGUGAAAUAAAUCUUGGAAAUUAGCAAACUCUCUGUUAAAACCUGGGGUAAAAGAAGAAGGGAAAUGCACCCUGUAACAGCAAAGUCAAAGCAGAUAUAUAAACAACUAAUGAAUGUGAAAUUUCUACAUCA